AUUGAUGAAAUAUGCCUAGCCCCAACAAUGUGUCAAACACUAAAAGGUGAAUUAUUUUUAAUUAAAAAAAAUGAAAAUUUGCUAUUGUUUACGACGAAUGAUAACUGUAAAUAUUUAAGCGAAUCUAUUUGCUGGUUAGCAGAUGGAACAUUCAAGGCUUGCCCUCAAAUUUUCGAACAAAUGUAUGUUAUUCACGGAUCAAUUAAACGCGGAACCGAUGAAAUUUUCGUACCAUUAGUAUUUGCUCUGAUGAAUGGUAAAAGUGAAGAGCUAUAUAAUCAAGUAUUUUUUUUAUUAAAUGAAUUUUGCCUCGAAAACAAUAUUAAUAUUACACAAACUAAUGACUUGGAAAUAAUAACAGACUUUGAAAAAGCGGCCAUAAAUUCUUUAACUGAAAAUUUUCCCCAAGCAACUCAUUCAACAUGUUUUUUCCAUUUAUGCCAGAGUAUUUAUAGAAAAAUUCAAAAUAUUGGGUUAUCGACGAAAUAUGCAAAUGAUCCUGAGUUCAAUCUUCUUGCUAGACAUUUACCUGCGAUGGCCUUUUUACCAGUUGAUAGGGUUCAGGAAGGUUGGGCCAUAAUCAAACCAUUAUUUGGGAGCAAUGAAGAAGAACAAAGUCUAUUAAAGUAUUUUGAACAUUCAUACAUAAUGGGUAAACAAGUUAUGAAAACAAGAGGAAGACCAAGAAGAGAAUCAGUUUACACACCUCCACUUUUCCCUCCAGAAUUAUGGUCUGUAGCUGAAAGGUUAUCAUCAGGAUUGCCCAGGACGACAAAUACAGCAGAAUCCUGGCAUAGAAAAUUAAAUAGAUUAAUAUCGCCACAUCCAGGACUGCAUAAAUUAAUCAAAACCUUACAAUCUACUCAGAACGAAACUGAAGCAGUAAUUGAGAUGUUACUUUAUGGACGUAGUAAUAAAAAAAUGAAAAUUCAAGUACAAUCGCACAAUAUACGCUUAAAAGAAGUGCAACAAAGACUAUUAGCUGAUCCGGGUUAUGAUUUAUUAGAGUAUUUAAGAGGAAUAGCUCAAAAUUUAAAGUUUUAAUUACUCAUUAUAUUAUAAUAUUUAUACUAAUACUUAUAAGUUAUAUUUUAUAACAAAUUUUUUCUACGUUAUACUAC